CUAAAGUCUAGCAUACUAAACUUAGCCCCACGUCUCAAGUGUCCGCUCACGCCGCAAGUGUCCGCUCACGUCGCCACGCCGCACGCGUCCGCCGCAAUGUCGCUCCUCGCCGACCUCCUCACGCCCCAACUCACCAGCCCCUCCUCGCUCAGCCUCAUCACCAGCAUUCUCGGCGCCUCAGGAAGCUGGUACACCCAAUCCCUCAUUUCUCACCUCCUCUUACGUCCCACCAGCACCACCGUCGUCCACAUCUCAUUCCUCCACGACGCUACAUUCCACCGCAAGGCGCUUCCGCGCGAGGAUGCACGUUACGUCUUCGUCGAUGGGCUCACGGGGUUGUUUCGACCCAAGAAGGGCGUGCUGGGUGUGAAGGGAUGGGCGGAAGAGGUGCGUCACAGGAUUGAGGAUGUGGUGGAGAGCAUCGGUGGCGAGGCAAAGGGAAGGGUGAUACUCGUACUCGAGAGCCCGGAUGUGCUUCUUGCUGCGGGAGGUGUAGGGGCUAUGGAGUUGGUGGCUGAGAUACUGGAGUGGCAUCAGCUCGUAUUUGCGACAGCGAUACUGGUGAAUGCCGACUCCGCACUCGUCUCCAGGAAUGCUUGCAGAUUGGAGAAAGAGAACGCUGCGUUCGUGACGACGCUUGCGCACCAGGCGACUAACGUGACGAGUCUGAGGAUGCUGGACACGGGGAUGGCAAACGACGUUAGCGGGGUUUUGAGGGUCACGGGUGCCGGUGCUGGUGGGGAGAGGGAGGUACUGUACCAUAUCAAGGACUCGAGCGCGGAGGUGUUCAAUAGAGGACAGAUGAGAACCUGAACGAUGUACAAUGACUGGUCGCUGAGCGUGCCAUGGUGGAUGGGCCGUGAAAGGCAGCCUCAAGAGCGGGGCCACUGUGUCUGGGACUCCAUGGUGCAUUGAAGGGUAGAAUAAAGAAGACGUAAGCAAAG